CUGACAUAUUAUGCAAAAGAACAAACGUCGUCUAUUGUCCCCCCAUGAUUGGAUCUGCAGAUCGUCUCCGUUGGGGCUUGAUUAACGUAUGAUUGCGAUGGCAUUGAUCGUCCCCAUAGUUUUCUCUCCUCUCACAGUCGGGAUAUUCUCAUGCCCUCGAUUGGAUUCGCUACUCGGCACUUUUACUGCCCCGUUUUCAGCGUUGCUUUUCUCAGCCGUUGUUUCGAGUCCAACGGCCUCGGUCUCUCCCGAGGCCAAUCUUUCCCCACGAUGAACAUCCUUUUUCUUUUUGCCCUUUGUGAUACUCGAAAUCCUUCAUCUGGUCUCUUUGAGAUGUGACAUAUGCUUGAGAGAACAAAGCUAUGUUACGAAAAGUCUGUUUGCCUACCGGUUCGGUUAUUUUCGUAUCGUGUAUCAAGGUUUGUCCUUGGAACAUAUAAGACGCAUGAAGGAGUCGGUUAAAGAAGAGUGAGACAGACUUGUUGGUUAUUGAUGCGAACAUGGCUGCUGCUACGCCUUCUCCUGAAUAUCUCGCUGAGACGCGGGGGCCGAUGAUUCGGACUGUUACGUGGCUUUCCGUUAUCUUUCCCAUCCUUUUUGUUGGACUUAGAGUGUACACAAGAUUGUUUGUGCGAAAGGUCUUUGGUCUUGAUGACUGGGUCAUCGUCCUUUCAUUGAUCCUCCUCAUAAUUUAUGGCGCCAUCAUCGAAGCCGCUGUUCAGAAAGGUCUCGGUCGACAUAUCGAAUGGGUUCUUACCUUCGCCCCUCAAGAUGCUGUCCCGGUCGCACUUCUGGGCCAAGUCUCACAGCCCUUCGUCGUCAUGUCCUGCGCCCUGGGCAAGACAUCAUUCUCCAUCAGUCUCAUGCGUCUAGCCGCACAACGAUUCAUCCAUCGGUUCCUCUGGUUCAUCGUCGUCACUAUGCUUACCCUUCAUAUCCUAAUCUCCAUCAUUGUCUUUGUACACUGCGAAGAUCCUCGAACAACAUGGAACCCGGCUAUCGUGAGCAAGUGCUGGCAUCCUAAUGCCUACCUUGGAGUCUUGUACUUCAUCGGUGCUUACUCUGCUGCCACUGACUUCAUCCUCGCACUUCUUCCAUGGGCUAUGUUGUGGAACCUGAACAUGAAGAACAAGGAAAAGUUCGGUGUCGCUGUCGCCAUGAGUCUUGGUGUCUUUGCCGGUGCCAUCGCCGUCAUCAAGUGCACCAAACUCAAAGCCAACGCAACAAGCACCGAUCCCACCUACGACGUAGGUGAACUUCUCCUAACAGCCUGCGCCGAAAACGCUCUCAUCAUCAUGGCCGCCUGCAUUCCUACCCUUCGACCCAUGCUUCGCAAAGUCUUCCCAUCAACGGCCAAGUCAAGCGAGAACUCGCAUCGCCUGAAGAACAUGAACAACAUCAUGUUCGUUCCCAAGAACAAGGCUGGUCAAUGGAGUGCUCUCAUCGAGACGGAGGCUCACCCAGAUCAUACUUCUGACAAUCAGAGUGACAAGAGUAUCCUCAAGGAACAUCGUGGUUCCAUGAAUGGUCAGGGCAAUGCUGGGCCAGCUGGCGAGCCUGCCAGUCCAGCGCUGUCGCCACAUAUCAGGAAGACUAUGUCGGUGAAUGUGUCUUAUGACAGGAGUAACAUCAUAUGAAUGGGACUAAGCAACUUAGAUACAGUAGCCAUCAAUCAAGAAUCUUCGAUAACCUUUUCA